AAUAUCCUUUAUUUGAACCUAGAAUACAUUUUGAUGAUAAUAUUGCACCAAAAUCUGCACCAGAAACGUGACCUUGGGUGUGUAGGAGGGUGGGAAUCCAGGGCUACUGAACACAGAAACGAGCCACUCAGUCUGCUGGUCAGCAUACACACCUUUUCUCCGGACAACACAACACAUGAGAAUGGUGUCUUAAAUGUGAAAGACGUGUUGCAUCUGCGAUUGCUAUUACUAUUUUGAAUAGAACUUGUCUUUCCAGAACCAGGAUCGUAGUAAAUCGUGAUUUUUUUACACUGACACUGCAGAAGAAUCCAUAUUUAUAAGUCCGCAAUACCACAGAGGGCUUUGUUUUGGCACCCAGGCCCAGCCCUGCAUUUUCGCUACACAUCACUGAACGAGGUACUGCGGAUGGCCUGCUUCUCUGAGACCGUUGUCGUCGACGAUCUCGAACAAGCUACUCAUUUGCUUGAGUUCAAGCCACCUGGGAACAACAAUGUCACAUAUAAGAGUGGUCGCGAAACUUGGGACAAUGCCUGGGCUCCUGAUGGCUCCUACUUCGCUUGUGCUUUUGGAGAAAGAUGUGUAAAAGUUAUUCCAUGGAAUCAUGCAAAGAAAACUUCAGUAAAGCUUGACAACAUUAAUGAAAAUGGAGAUAUUUUAACUCACAAGGGUUGUACAAUAGAUGCAGGAGAAUUGGUAUGGUCUGUAGCUAUAGGGUCUGCAGUGUCUGAGAAAAUCCCAAGAACAUGUAGUAUAAACUACCAUCAUGUUCGUUCUGCGAAUCUCAUGCUUGCCAUUGGGCUGAACAAUGGAAGAAUCAAAAUAUGGGAAUUGGACACAAAUAAACUAAUUACAGAACUCUAUGAUCACAAAACAGUGGUCCGUGGUCUACAUUUUGCUCCUGAUGGAAGUCUGAGGUUGGCCUCGGCCUCAAGAGAUGGAACAAUUAAACUUUGGGACAUGUAUGAUGACGGAAACAUGUAUAAGACUCUCCGUCCAGGUUGUGAGUGGAUGUAUGCAGCCCGAUGGUCACCAGAUUGUCAGAAGAUUGCUGGUGUAGGGAGUGCUAGAACAGUGGUUGUGUGGGACAGCAACACUUAUGAAGUUAUCAGAAAGUUCAUCGGCCACCAUCAUAAUGUAGUGGAUGUGGACUUCUCACCAGAUGGUGCACUGCUAGUCACAGCAUCCUAUGACACCAGGGCAGUUGUGUGGGAUGUCUACACAGGGGAUGUGCUGUUGGAACUAUGUCAUUUGUUCCCACCUCCCAGGCCAAUCUAUGCCUCAGGAGCUAAUGGCAAUCAUGUUCGAGGUGCAGUGUUUUCUCAUGAUGGAAAACACAUAGCUACCAUCUGUGAUGAUGGAUACUUAAGGAUCUGGACCAUUGAGGAUGAGUUGGUUCCACAGCAGAUUGCCACUAUACCAGAUGCUCUCUGUGUAGCAUGUUCUCCAACUGGGAGUAUUGUAUCAGUUGGGACUAGAGAUGGCACCACCAGUCUGUUUGCUUUCCCCAGGCAAGUGGAGCCACUGCAGCACCUGUGUCGUAUGGCCCUACGCACCCUUACACCCUCACAAUCAGUAGAUAAACUCUGGCUGCCACUCAAAGUGAAGGAAUAUGUGAAGUAUAGGUGUCCAUGAGACACAUCAGUUUUAUGAUAUGUGCUUGACCUGGAAAGCAGGCUGAUGUCAUGCCAGAAGUCAGGUGUAGGAUCUGAUUCUGAAAAAGACAUUCACUCUUUAGAGAUAUCUUCAGCUACGUUUUCUGUAUCAUUUUGCCUUUAUAUGUCAUAGUUUCCUCUAGGAAAAUGGUAAAUAGGAGGAUAUUCAAGAUGAUGAUAUCAAUACUUUUGGUCUACACUUUGUGUCACUUCAUGAAGUGUAGCUCAGAGUGGAUGGUGAACAGUAUUUUAUAUCUGUACAUAUAUAAAUAUAUAUAUAUAUACAUGUAAAUAUAGGCUUUCAAUAUAUGUAAAAUACACAAUUGUCACAGACCGAGGGGCAAUCUGUGUUUUAGGUUAUGGAUCUGUUUGUCUGGCAGCAAUAUAUUCAAUACUUUUUUUAAUGCAUUGUUUUCACUAUUUACAUUUAUUGUUUGCAUAUGAAGAGUCGGAGGUAUUGAUAGGGUAUGGUUACCAUUUGUGUAAUCAGAGAAUUUGAGUGUGUUUUUCAGAUGUGCUAUUGUGCAUGUCAAAUAGAAAAGUAAUCGGUUUCAGCUUGUAGGUUACAAGUAUGAUAUUAAGGAGACAUCCCAAAGUGAACAUGGUUUCUGGAAAACUUAAAUCUUUGAAGUAGUGGUAUUUGGUCUAGGUAAGGUUAAUUACCAUGUUUUAAAUAUUUUUGAUUUGCAGAAACCACAUGAACUUUUGAGACAGUAUUGAGAUUUUAAAUCAAUGAUUAUGACUCUGUGGUGCCUCUUGUAUAGAAAUAACUCUGAAUAGUAUGAUAGCUAUUUUCAACAGUUUGCUUUCAUGAGUUAUCUUUGUUCAUAGAUUUUUUUCUUACUGUUUUCGUAUUGUAGGUAUUUUUAUUGUGGAUGUUAGUUAUUUUAAUCUGGUGCUGGUCCUUUAAGCUUUUCCUAUCUUGUGCAGAAAAUAUUUUUCCUUCUGCUCAAUUGCAUUUGUCUUUCAAUUUAUGGAUGUUUUUGUGACCUACUGUUUUAUGGAGAAAGAUGUUUUGAUUAUAUCAUGUGUCACAAGAAAAAAAAACAUUUGUAUUUUAAUUAACUUACUAAAGAAAGCAGUAUUAAUUUUGAAGAGGCCAGACUAAGGAUGGUAUGAAGUAAUAACAAAAACUACUGUUUGCCAUUUUGCCCUUGCAAUAAAUAAAAAUCAUUGUUAAAUUUUAGUUACAGAUGAAGUAUUGCCAUACAAAGCAAGGCAGGCACUAAUAUGUUCAUAUAUGUUUACUUAAUAUGUUAUUUUAAACCCACUAGUUUUGGGUUACUGGCAGUGCUGUGCCUGUACAGAAAGUCUACACCAAAAUUGCCUUCACCUGUCUUAGAAUUUUCUUGUUUCCAGGUACACUUGUAAAAUGGUCAUUGGAUUCUUGAAAGUUGCUGUCAGGUGUAAAUGUAGUGUAGUCAUUUGUGAUGAAUAAUUAUGCCAAAAGUAAAAGUUGCACUACAACUGUGUUAGCAAAAUAACUAGAAAACAAUUGUUUUCCUUCUAACUUAUAUAGCCACCUAUAGAACGUGAAGAUACUGCACUAAAAUACUGAAUUUCAGAUCGACUUUUUUCCGUUACAAGUUUUUUAUUUAUCAAGUGUAUCGCUUUCUUGUGCCUGUAAGAUUCACCCGAGCUUGAAAAUGUGGUAUUUGAGAAACCGGUGCACUGACUGUAUUGAUCUGAAGAGUUUUCCAUAACCUUCAGCCACUGUUCUAAACACUUGGUAGCUUUUGCUGCCUGGUCUGUUCGUUUGUCUUAUUUAUGGCAUGUUUCCUUGAAAAAAUAAAUGCAUUGUAAUAUA